CGCCUCACCAUGCAAUGUAUACAUUAAGGCCUCGAAAAGGAUCUGCGCGACCUUCACCAAGUGUUGAUGAUCGAGAUUAUCAAAUUGAUUUGCACUCUCAUCACGUGUUGCGGAUCAACAUUAUAGCUAGUAUAGGUACUUAAUAAUUGAUGAUGAUCAACAUGAUUUAUUGACAUAAUGCAACUAAUUGUAGUUGAUGAGCCUCGGAGUUGAGCCAGGAGACCAGGGGGGGUUCGAUGUGAAGGAUCGUCCCGAACCUGACCUAACCCUGAUCUUGAUUGGCAUCUCCAUCACGUCGUGAGGAUCGAUUAACUCAUCACGUCGUGAGGAUCGAUCAACUAUAUUAAUAUAUUUUGAGGAUCGAUUAACUAUAUUAAUAUUUUGUGUCUUCUUCUAACUCCAGUCGGCCGUGGCUUCCCACAAGGCAAAGGGCCAGGGCUUCUGGGGAGAUGGGACUGGCUGAGCUUAGACUUCGCGGCUGACGGUGUGGCGGACGGGAACUACGGCGAUCGCAAGGACAACUACGACAAAGCGACGGACGAUGCCGCACUCUGCGCAGCGGACGCACAAAACUUACGAAAGGCACUCUCUCUGUGUCACUCAGUAGUAGACGUCGUAGUACAACUAAAUAAGAGAACAAAAAAGGGACAUUCUGGGUUAUGAAUUUCUAUUUCAUAGUUAUUCUACUUAAAGAACAAAGAAGAGAAGAUUUUGCUGUUCUUCCGAAGAUAUUGAGUAGUUCACGACUUGUUCCUUCCGCAGAUGAUAUUGAGUAGUUCAUCCACCGUUUCUGAACCCGAUACUAAAAUUUAGUACCCUCUAUCAAAGGUCAGCAUUCAGUGGUCACUGAUUCUGAAAGAAAAGGGCCCCACGCCUCUCCCUUUGUUUUCCCUUCAUUUUCCCCUGUUCUCUCCAGGGGUCUCCUCUUCGAUCUCAGUGACUAACCUCAACGACCAACGAAAGGAGAGCCUUAACUCUAGCAUAAGUGUUGCAACUCUUCCUCUAAACAACGGGCAAUUUGGCACCCCGGUCGAGCUACUCGGUUGCCCAACCUGUUAAGGCUCUGGAAUAUUCUUGACAGCGCAGGUCAUGACUUCAUCUCUCUGUAGUUUUCGCUUUGGAAUAUUCUUGACAGCACAGUGCAUUUCAUCUCUCGUCUGUUUUGUUCGCUUUGGAAUGUUUAUUUAUUGUUCGGAGUUGAGUUUGAGAGAAUGAAAAUGAACCUAGUUGAUGAACCUAGUUGCAGGAAGUGAAAGGUUAACAGGUUAACUUCUGGUCUUGAGCUCUUCUAAAGGCGGCCAGAUGUUCCAUACCCGUAUCUGAGCUUCUUGGACGGACUACCGGUUUUCAUCUGGCUCUAC